CAGUGAUCGGAACUGGUGCCACGAAGAUGGCAAAGAUUGCGCUCCUGAUUAGGCGGAAACGCGACGGAUUUCCCCGUAAUUAAUCCCCGCCGCGGCGGUAAGUAGCUACGAGUAGUUGAAGAACGGCUCGCGGGGAGGCCAGUCGGUCCUUGGGAGGUGUUACUCACACGGGUCAGGAGUUUUGUGUUUUAAGUCAACUUAUUUCAUAGCUAUGAUUGUAUUUUUCUGCGUUAUUUUUGUUGCCGGUGCUUUAGGCCACGGCCAUCAGUUUAUAGGACCCAGCCCAGCAGUUAAAGGUGCUUGGGGACAAUCUUCCCCACGCGGUGGUUCUUGGUCCGCUCCUUUGAGUUCCACCAAUCCAGGGGCGUACUCUGCAGCUACCAAGGGUGCCUGGGGAGCAAACUCUGGAAAUACUGGACCUUAUCCGCCACCCUGGAAUACAGCUUACAAUAAACCUCCACCUCGCCAAGGAUCUUGGGGUUCUGCCUCUUUAAAUGGUCCAAAGGGAACCUUACCUUACCAGUCCUCUAAGGGCCCUCCUCCUCGCUUUACUCCUGCCUCUCGCAACCCUGGUAUAGUUUCCGCUCCUUACCCGCCUCCUGCCGGCUUCCAGACGGACUUGAACAGAUUUGGAGGGAACCAAGCGGAUCUUCGGUCUCAGAAGCGGAAUAAAGUUCAGUCGAAUAAGUGCCGCGCGGGAAGCAAAGUGUACAAAGUGGGAGAGAAGUGGACUCCGGAAGGAAGCUGUGGACGCCAUUCCUGUGUCGACGGUGGGAAGAUAUCUGUUCUGGGAUGCCCUAAUCUGGAAGGUACCACAGACUGUUUCCUGAGCGCAGAGGAUCCUCGCCAGCCCUGGCCGUCGUGUUGUCCUCAGCUGCAGUGUUUUCGAUGAUACAUUUCGUCUAGGAAAUCGGAAAUAUAAGUUACAUUUUAAAGAAUUCGAUGUUCUUUAUCAUACCAGAAAAAGACUGAUUAAAAUAUUAAGAAAUGAUUAUCAAUUUAGAAAUGUGAACAUUGACUGAGGUUCUCUUAUAAAAUAGUUUUCCCCUCCAUUUACCAAGAAAUAAAACUUAUGAAGUA